UUUGACUCGAGAUAUGAUUCAGUCAUAUUGGUUUGGGAAAAUGAUCCGAGUGACCGAGCAUAUGAGCAAUUGACAGGAGUAACUUGUCUUCAUUUGAUCAAUGGUCUUCGACAGGAUGGUACCGGCUUCAUCAGCUCUGCUCUGCGUAACGUUGUCAUUGCUUUUAUUAUUUGCUAAACCUGUGUUGAAUUUGACAUCGAAUGAGGCUGAGAAACCAGUGACGAAACAUUGUUCAAGACACACAAAGGAAGGCGAGAGGAAUUCACACCUUUGGACAUUCGAAAACUAUCCGUCUGUGUACUUAUUUGGUAGCAUACACCGACCAUAUACCUCAGUUUGGCGAAAAAUACCUCGAAAUGUCAAAAGGGCCUUCAAAUCAAGCAGGAAGAUAUAUUUUGAAAUUGGGUUUAGUCCGAAAAAUGUCAUCGCAAUGAUGAAAUGUAAAUCCCUUCCAAACAGACAAACUCUACGGGACGUGUUACCAUCACGAGUUUUUAGGAAGUUGCAAAACUAUUUAAAUUACAUUCAAUCUCAAAUACCUGAGUGGUUGAACGAUAACGAAAUCAAAGCGAGACCCAUAAAUCCGGACGAUGUAUUUGAAAGAAUGACCAGAAAUUGGCAGGAAAAACGACCUAUAUGGAUUCUCUUACAGUUAGCAUCUUUUACGAAAGAAUAUGUACAAUCAUUUGUGAAAGGCAUUCCUUCGUUAGAUUUGUUUAUGUAUUUGAAAGGCGAGAAAGCUGGAAAAAGAAUUGGACACUUGGAAAGCGCCGAAGAGCACUGUGGACUGAAUAAUUUGAAUUCAAGUGAGGUAAUAGUUUAUUUGGACGAACUAUUAACAAAAUAUGAUAUUGAAAAAAAAGAGAAACACAAUAAACCAGAAGAUACUAACGAUUUAUUAUAUCACUACAUCUGCGGAAACCUCAGCGAAUAUGUGUUUUCUUCAAAAGAGAGCAUUAACACCUCUUCUGUGCAAAGGUCACGGUGGCAAACACUGCAAGACUUUGAACAAUCCUUGAAAAAAGAAAUGUUUCUACGGCGAAAUAAACAAAUGGCGAGAAAAAUAAUCAAAGAAAUAAAGUUUGAACGAAAGAGAAAAAAAAGAAGAUUAUUCUUCACAAUUGGGGCAGCUCACCUCGUGGGAAAAAGGAGCAUCAUCGAUCUUUUGGCGUCAAAAGGUUUUAAACCAAGGCAUAUCUUGGCAAAAGACACACUUCCAAGGUCUAGACGAUACAAGAUGAACCCCGAGAAGAGCCAAAAGCAUUUUGAAAACUCAAGAUCCAAUAGUAGAAAGGAGAGCGAAGUGUCAACAUCAUUUCAUCAUCAUCCUACGAACACGUCAACACGUCAACAAACAGAAGUGACAGAAGAAAACGAUGAAAAAUUCUAUCCGAGUUCGUCGGCUGUAAAAAGAUCAUCUUUAUUGAAUGGCAGAUUACAUACAUUUAUCAUCACAAUCUUUUUAUCACCCAUAUUCCAUAUUAACUCAUAAUAUUACACAUUUUCGUUAUAUGUAAAUGUAUGCCUAUAGGCACAGGUAAAUAUUUAUAAACAAGUCCAAGUCCAUUUUUCUUCCACUUGAAUGUUUAACCUCUGAGAAAGAUCGGCUACGACAGAACGACGGAAUGGAAUUUUCUCACAUCUCCGCGCCAAGCCUAGCUAGCAUUACAGCAUGCAGGAACUUGUUUAAAGUGGGGGAGGGUAAAACCAGAACUUAAUGCCAUUUUAAACUCCACGCAAAAUUUUAUUUGUCCAAGGAAAUGGUGAGGAGCUUGGAAAAAACGCCCCCCCCCAACCCCCUUCUCCGCGGUCCAUGUCUCGAUCUGGGGUUUCUAGUUUGUAAACUCUGUAAAAUAUAGGUAAAAUACUUCAAUAAAUUCCUGACAUUCACUGCAUGCAAAUUACCCUUGAACAGGAAAGUUUCUUUUACCUUUACAGCUAAUCAUUUCAGGUUAAAUACACAAAAACGUCACUGCCUAUAUCGAGUCCGAUUUCCUAAGUGAAGAGGAAACUAGCGUAAUAUAUGAAAUGAAUCCCAAAGACAAACACCUUUAUUGAUAUUGCUGGUGAUGACUAGAG